UCCAAGUCCAACAUGGCAGCGCUCUUGAGAUCAGCGCGAGCACUAAAGUUUUCCCCCUCUUCCCUGCUCCAGGUUGCAGUGGUGACUAAAAAUGGAACACCGCUUAACAGGUUAUAUAGCGGCACGACCGGUGCCCGAGGAAUUGGAUUUUGCACAAGACAAGGGAUCUCCAGUUCUGUCAUUGUAAACAGGUUGGCAUGGCCGUCGGCGGCGGUGCCCGGGGUCCGUCAGUACGGGGUGGCAGCGGAGCAGAAGGGCAGCAGCGGCGGCGAGGAGGGCAGCGUGGCCCUGCGCUCCAAGCAGACGCAGCAGUUCGACUGGGCCCUGGCCAAGCUGGACAACUCAGUACGCCGCACAGGGCGCAUCACCAAGACACUGCUGCUGCGCAUCUUCCACGACAUCUGCCGCUCAGGCUACCCAAGUGGAAACCAGGCUCUGUUGCUGCUGCGGAGCUGUGGCUCUCUGCUGCCGGAGAUGCCCCUGGUAGAGCGCACCGAGCUGGCACACCGCGUCUGGGACAAGCUCCAGGAACAGGGGGCCUCCUAUGAUGCCAGCCAUUAUAAUGCCCUGUUGAAGGUCUACCUGCAGAACGAGCACAAGUUCUCCCCCACAGAGUUCCUGGCCAAGAUGGAAGCGGCCAACGUACAGCCAAAUCGGGUGACCUACCAGAGGCUGAUUGCAGCAUACUGUCAGGAGGGGGACAUCGAGGGAGCCAGCACCAUCUUGGGCUACAUGAAGACCAAGGAUCUGCCCAUCACUGAAGCCGUCUUCAACUCCCUGGUGACGGGACAUGCCAAGGCAGGGGAUAUGGAGAGUGCGGAGAGCAUCCUGAAUGUGAUGAAGGGGGCGGGCAUUGAGCCGGGGCCAGACACCUACGUGGCCCUCAUGUCUGCUUACGCUGAGAAGGGAGACAUCGACAAGAUUAAACAGACCCUGGAGACAGUGGAGAGUACAGACUCCAGCCUGAUGGACAGAGACCUGAUGCAGGUCGUCUCCAGCCUGGCCAGGUCAGGACACGGCCAGCACGUACAGGCCAUAGUGGAACGCAUGAGGCACGAGAGGGGAUUUGUACCAGAGGCUAUGAACCUGUGUCUGAGCCUGAUCACCCAGGGUCAGGAGGACAGUGCCUACGUGGUGCUGAGGACCUUCCCCAUGCUGCAGGUGGAGGGCCAGAACGGGGACUCACCAGACCUCGGCAACUUCUUCCUCAGACACUGUGUCAACAUGAACAAGCCUGUGGACAAGCUGGUGCACUACUGCAAAGACAUGAAGGACUCUGGCCUUCACACCACGGCACUGCAGUUCACUCUCUACUGCGCCCUGGAGGCCAGGAAGACAGGUCUGGCGGUGGAGCUGAUGAAGGCGAUGAAGGAGGAGGGAAUGCCCAUACGCCCCCACUACUGCUGGCCCCUGCUCACACACUACAACAAGGAGAAGAACACAGCAGGUAUUCUGGAGGUCUUGAAGGGGCUGCAGGAGUUGGGUGUGCAUGCUGAUGCGGACACCUACUCUCGAUUUGUGCUGCCCUCCUUUUCCAGUAACGAGAACGCACGCGACACUCUGAAGGAGGCAGGUUGUGAUGUGGAGACUGAGGGCUUCAUUGCAGCUGAGUUGAGGGGAGAAGCCUUCAAAGGAAACCUGGCCGGACUGCUGACACUCAUAUCCAAUCCCUCAUUCCCAGCUCUUGACCUGAGUGUCUUCAGAGGGAGUCUUAUCAAUGGCUUCAAGAAGUCAGAUGAUGUGGAGAGCAUGGCCAAGAUCACAGAGCUGCUGUAUCAGGACAAGAGAUUCUGCGCCCCGCCUGCCGACCCCAAAGAGUACGUGGCCUACUUUCUGUAUAACCUGAUUGAUGGCAUGACUUCCAACGAGCUGCGGGCCAAAGAAGACAAACUCCGCCAGUAUUUUGCCCAGCUGAAGACCAUGAACAUCAACAUUCCAGUGGGAGUGUACAGGGGCAUCCGCAACCAGCUGGACUCCAGCCAUGUCCCAGAGCUCAUCAAGGAUGUGAUCGUCCUGACUGAUGCCAAAGAGUCUCUUAGCCCGGGUGCGGGUACCCCCAUUCCAAAGGGUGUGGAGGGUAGGAUAGGUAUCCUGGAGAAGCGUCUGGCUGAUCUGAAGGCCGAGGGGAAACCCUUCAACAACAUCUUCAAGCAGCUCAUACAGGCACUCUGCAAUGAGGAGAAGUUGGACAGGGCUCUGGAGUUGAAGGUCCAGCAUGAGGAGCACAUGACUCCGGGCUGCUACGCCGUGCUCAUCACCCUCUGCUGUCGCCACGACAACCUGGAGGAGGCCCUCAGCCUCAAGAGAGAACUUGCCCGUAAGGACUCGUCCGUUUCUCUGGACUCCACUCGGUACAUGACUCUGGUCCGCUGUCUGGCCAAGCACGGACGCCUCGAGGAGGCGGUGGAGGUGUUGAAGGAGAUGAAGGAGAGGGAUGCGGUGUUGAAGGACACCUGUGUGACCAUCUUCUUCCACACGCUGAGCGCGGCGGCCCAGAAGGGCGACGUCAACACCAUCCGCACGCUACAGGAGACCGCCUUCGCCCUGGGCCUCAUCCGGCCCAACAACAACAUCUGCUCCCCGCUCAUAUCCGCAUACCUGGAGACUGGGGACCUGUCUGGAGCGCUGGAUGCCUCUAUCGAAUGCCAUAGGCAGUACAACCAGCUGCCGCGCAUCCAUGACAUCAUCACCGGCCUGGUGGAGAAGGGAGAGACGGAGAUCCUGCAGAAAGCGAUGGACUUCAUCAGUCAGGAGCGUGGUGAGAUGACGAUGCUGUACGAUCUCUUCUUUGCCUUCCUGCAGACGGCACGCUACAAGGAGGCUCGCAAGAUCAUCGAGACUCCCGGGCUGAGGGCCAGACCAGGCAGACUGCAGUGGUACGCAGAGAAGUGCAUCGCUCUCAAUCAGAUGGAAGUAUUGGAGAACCUGGUGGACUUGACUGGCAAGCUGUUUGAGUGUGACCGCGAUGAAAUGUACCACUACGCACUCCGCCUCUGCAGUGACAUGAGUGACUGGCGUAAGGCGGAGAGCCUGUGGACUAAAAUGCAGGAGGAGAACGUGAUCCCCCGCGAGAGGACCCUCCGCCUGCUGGCCUCCAUCCUCAAGAGCAACGGCCAGGAGGUGCCCUUCGAGGUGCCUGAGACAUGGUACGAUGGCAGCGCUCCGUCCGGUGGGCCGAAGGUGACAGAGCGGCAGGUGCCCGUGUCCUCAUCCCCUCCCCCUGCCGCACCCCCGUCCCCUCCCUCCCCCGCCGCGGUGGCCGGGGACGUUCAGAUGCGCAUAGCCACCCUCUGCAAGAAGGGCAAGACUGCAGAGGCUCUGGAGGUGUUGAAGGCGGCUGAAGAGGUGCCUCUGCGUCCGGCCCCCUAUGACGUGCUGAUCAGGAGCCUACUGGCCAAGGGCAACCUGGAGGACGCUAUGGCCGUUAGAGACAUAGCCACCUCUCGUAUCCCAGAAUUUGUUUUGAGUGACAUGGCCAACAGUCUCCUCAUCGUCACGCACGUCAAGAGGGACCAGGUUCAAGAUGCCCAGUCAGUGUUCAAAGCCAUGCUCCAGUCGGAUCAGAUGCCCACCGCCCUGGCCGUCACGCGAUUGGUCCAGGGCCUGGCCAGUCACGGAGAGGUAGCUGCCAUCCAGGAAGUGGAGCAGCAGGCCAAGACUCUGGGCUCCACACAGACCCUCAGCACCAUGCUCUUCCUCAACAACACAGCACUCGCACACAUCAAGAAUGAUGAUUUGGAGAGCGCCAUUGAGAUGUUGGAGGGCGUGUACACAGGGGAACCAGACACCGUCCGCAGCAUCUCCUACGUCUUCAGGAAGGUCCUGGAGGACAAAAACUUCAAAGCUGUCGACAAGUUGGCUGCAAUGGCAGAGAGGCUGGCCAAUCACUUCGCCUCUUACAGAGCGGCCUCAGACCUCUUCCUGCAGUAUGUAGAUGCCGGACACAACGAGGAGGCCAAGUUCCUAUUGCAGCGCUGUGCGGCUGUAUCACAACAGAAGGACUUCUUGGUGUCAUACGUGGUCAAGGCUUCUCAACAACCCGGACAGGUCAAUAAAAUCAAAGCCGUUGUGGAGAUGGUUCCAGACUGUAUGGGGAAGACACAGCUCUACUCCUCCUUAAUGAAAUGCCACGGUGUUGAUAAGGACCUGGCGUCGGCGAAGGCUUUGUACGAGCAGGUCCAGAAGGAGGGUCUGGUGAUGGACGAGCUGUUCAUGAAGAGACUGGCCCUACUCUACACACAGUCCGGGGAGACAGUGCCCUUCCAGGAGCCCCCGGAGUCCUUCAAGUUCUACGCCAACAAGCUGAGAGAGCAAACUAAGACGGAGAGUACGGAGGAAUGAGAUCGCCGCCAAACACCCAUCCAUCCCUCCACCCAUUCAUCCUUCCUUCAACUCUUCCAUCUUACCCCUCUAUUCAUCCCCCCAUCCACCUUUCCUCUAGUGUCCUCUCGCUUCCCCUCAUGUUGAAUGCUUUUUUAUAUAAAUGUGUGUGUGAAAAAAAAACGUGUAAAACUAUGUUGUGAUGUUAGACUUAUUAGUCAUGUGUCCAGGGAAGUUGAUUUUUGAUGAACAUGAUGUGUUACUGUUGAUGACGAUGACGAUGAUGACGACGAUGAUGACGAUGAUGAUGUACAGAGGUAUUUAUGCUAAUAAACAGACGACUGUAAAUA